UAACCACGUCAAGGAGUGGGAAGCGCGUGCUAGACUCUUCGUUUUGUUUAUGACCUGAGGAACGACCGGGUUAUAUGACGAUUUGACGUGUCAAUUCAGUGAUAAAUACGAUGAACGAAAAUCUGGAGAACAUCAAUCCGAAGCUCUACAAAAAAUUGGAUGACCGAGAAAUCACCGUCGAGGAGCAAGACGAGGAUGUCGCGGAUGAAUUUGACGCGCGAGAGGUUUUCGAUAUAAUCAGAAAUAUCAAUGAUCCGGAGCAUCCUUUGACUUUGGAAGAGCUGAACGUAGUUGAGCAAGAUCUCAUCGAGGUUGACGACAAGAAGAACAGAGUGGACGUGAAGUUUACACCUACAAUCCCGCAUUGCAGCAUGGCCACUCUAAUCGGAUUGUCUAUUCGCGUACAAUUGCUGCGUGCCUUACCCGCUAGGUUUAAAGUCAGCGUGGAAAUUUCCCCGGGCACUCAUGUCUCGGAGGCGGCAGUGAACAAGCAGCUCGCGGACAAAGAAAGAGUGGCUGCGGCCUUGGAAAAUGCUAUGCUACUCGGCGUGAUCAAUCAGUGUUUGGCACCGAAAAAUUAGCAAAUUGUAUUAAUUCCGAGAUUCGUGUUUGAAGCCCGCGUAGUUUUGUUGUACGUCGCAAAGUAGCUUUUGUAUCUCAGUUUGAACAACGAACGUAGAGAGAGAGAGAGUUUGCUGAAACUCUUUAAAAAAAAUCGAUUAAGUAAGAUUGCUGUGAAUAACGGGUAUUAACUAUAAGAUUUAAUAGAUAUUAUUUAAUAGAUAGAUUAGUAAUAUUAACAGGAAAGUUUUCUUCGAUUUAAAUAUACGUAUUUACUAAUACGUUUACCAUGUACAGUUCACUAUACAAGUGGAUCACUAAUAAAAUUAACAUGGAUUUUAAUACAUCCAGUGAAAAUGAGGUGUAGUAUGAAGGGAAAGAGAAAAAUAUAGAUGCUUAACACAAAGUUGUACUAUUUGUGGACGUA